AUGGGAUCUUGGUGCGCUGAGAAUUUGAGAGAUGUCAAGGUAGGCAAAUUGGUUGCGGGAAUUGAGGACUUACUUGAAAUUUUAUUGAAGACAUCUUAGUCAUUAGGAAAAGGUCAAUUUUGAUUUUCAGGCCUGGAAAGAUGAAGGUCUUGAGACGACAACCAUUAGUAAUGAAAGUGCCAAGUUAUACGAUGCAGUUUUGCGACAACUGGUCUCCUGGAUUGAUUGUGAUCAACUUGGAGGAUUGGUCAAGACAAUGGAACAAUUACAGUCUUCAGAACCUGAGUCAAGUAAAAGUUUCACCCAAGUUUAAAUAAUGUUACAGUAAUCGCCCGAUGCCUAAUUUUGGGAAUCGAAUCCCUCGGCUCAAAUGUCUCCGUUUUCAAGGAUAAUAUUUUCAAAGAGAACAUUGAGAAGUUGCUUGUCGAUGCUGAGAAAUACGGGAACGAAAGAGAAAGAAAACAUUCGGAAGCAGUGAAAUUAUUUGCCUUUGGAGAUAUGAAUAAAGCCUGCCAGAAAUGGGAAGAGAUCCUCGAGAAACAUCCCAACGAUCUGAUGGCCAUAAAGUUCGCUCAUGACGGAUACUUCUUUCAAGGAGACCCUAAAGGGAAGUUAGAUAGUAUUAACAGAGUGAUCAACAAAUGGGAUCCAUCUAAACCUUGUUAUGGGCAUCUCUUUGGAAUGCAGGCGUUUGGAUUUGAGGAGAAUAAGGACUAUGAGAAUGGGAAGAAGAGCGGGUAUAAAGUACGUUUUGAAUUUUAAAACCAUGUACCAUGUUUUAAACAAAAUUUAAAAAAAAUAAAAUUAUAUUUUGAUAAGCAGGUCUUCUGACAUGCCUAUCAAAAUAUAGCAGGUAAGUAGUAAACUUUUACCAUUUUACUAUCUGAACAGUUUCUGAAAAGUCCAACUAAAAAUUUUGAAUUGGUCUUAGAGAGCUUGAAUAUCAGUUCAAGUGUCAUACUCUUUAGUCAUCAUUUUUUAGGGGUUGGAGUACAACAAACAAGAUGCCUGGUCGACCCAUGCUCUGGCCCAUUGUCACGAAAUGUUGGGAGAAUAUAAUGAGGGAAUCAAGUUCAUGGAGAGUACUGUCAGCGACUGGGAAGUGAGUUCCCUUACAAUUAGUUUUAUUUUAAUAAAAAAAAUUAUUGAAAUCGUAUUUCAGCCGUGCUGGAUGAUCGCUUGUCACAAUUUCUGGCAUAAUGCCCUAUUUUAUGUGGAGAAGGCGGAUUAUGAAACAGCAUUGUCAAUUUAUGACGAGUGAGUAAUAAUAAAACAGUUCAUCGAGUCAUUUACCAUUGCAGUUAUAGUUUUGUAUGGUUUUAGUGAAAUCGGAAAACGAAGCCGCUCCGGAGCCAUGCUUGAUGUUGUAGAUGCCGCCUCGAUGCUGCAAAGAUUACAAAUGGAAGGUGUGGAUGUGGGAAAGGAGCGAUGGGAAGGGCUCGUGGACGUAUUAGAGCCCCACAUUGAUAACCAUACACUGGCCUUUAAUGAUGCCCAUAUGGCCAUGGUCUAUUCGAAUUGCAACGAUUCGAAAUCAAAGGCUCUGAGGGAUGGAAUUGAUAGGUUUGCGUACGUGGUUUUCAAAUAAUCGUUAUUGAAAUUUAAAGUGGUUUUAAGUGGAUUUAAAGAUCGUUUUUUCAGAAGCGACUCCCAACAAGGCAAGAUCAUCAAAGUUUUGGGCAAUAUAAUAUGCGAAGCCAUCGACAGUUACAACGGCGAUCGUUUCAACGAAUGCUUUGACAAAUUGUUCCCGAUCCGGCAUGAGAUUUAUAAGAUCGGCGGGAGUAAUGCACAAAGAGAUGUCUUCAAUCAAAUUAUUAUUCGCUCGGGACUUAAAUCAACUUCCCCGCAGCAUAAUCAACUCGCGAAGUAAGCCGUUUAAUGAUGAUUAAUGCUUGUUGUAGAGUCGCUAUUGAGGAGAGGAAAAAGUUGAAAGUGCAUUCACCGUUAUUGGAUCGAAUUUGCAGUCAAUUUAUUUGA